UAAAAGCUGCCUUUUAAAAUCCAGCUUGGGUUUAACGACCCACUUUGUCCAAAAAUGUGUCCCGAUGGGAUGCAUUUUAAGAAAUCCUGUACUUCAAUGGCCUCCAUAAUUGGCCUCAGUCCAGUUUCCUGUUUGACGUCAUGUGCUUGCAGUUUUUACAACUGUUGAGCUUUCAAAGUGUAAUCUGAGCUGAAGCUGGCCAACUUCAGCAGCUGCCUGUGUAGGAACACUGCACUCUGCCAUCUCUAUCUUUUCCUCUUUCCUCCGGCACAUUCAGACAGAAAACGUAGAAUGAUCUAACUGCUUCUAGUUUGUGCACGGGGCGUGGAGGCCAGGAAAGAGAGCUCAUCGGAAAGGGCUGUUGAGUACUUUGGACCAUGCGUGCUUUUUUAAAAUAAGCGGUGCUAUUUGCAGCAAGCUCUGUGCACCGGAUCCUGCAGACAUCUCUCCCUUCUCCCGCCCCCCCCCCCACCCCCCAGCUGCUUCAAGGCGUGCCGUUUCUGUUCUUCAUUUCUGGGAAACCAUGGACAAAAAACAAGAUCCCAAAGGAUCUUUAGAGCCACCCAAGCCAGUGAAAGGCAAGAAAAAACGAGAUCUGAAAAUAACAUGUCCCCCCAUCAAGCAACCUGUCGUGAACCCAACGCCCCCAAGGAACUUGGACUCCAGAACCUUCAUUACGAUUGGAGAUAAAAACUUUGAAGUGGAGGCCGAUGAUUUGGUGACGAUUUCGGAGCUGGGCCGUGGGGCCUAUGGAGUGGUGGAGAAAGUACGGCAUGCGCAGAGUGGCACCAUCAUGGCUGUCAAGAGAAUCCGAGCGACCGUGAACACUCAGGAGCAGAAGAGAUUACUGAUGGACUUGGACAUCUCCAUGAGGACAGUAGACUGCUUCUAUACAGUCACCUUCUAUGGAGCCCUCUUCCGAGAGGGCGAUGUGUGGAUCUGCAUGGAGCUGAUGGACACCUCUCUGGAUAAAUUCUACAAGAAGGUGCUGGAGAAGAAGAAGACGAUCCCUGAGGAUAUCCUCGGAAAGAUCGCUGUGUCUAUUGUGCGAGCACUGGAGCAUUUGCACAGUAAACUGUCAGUGAUUCACAGAGAUGUGAAGCCUUCCAACGUUCUCAUUAACAAGGAGGGGCAUGUGAAAAUGUGCGACUUUGGAAUCAGUGGCUACUUGGUGGACUCCGUUGCUAAGACGAUGGACGCUGGCUGUAAACCCUACAUGGCUCCCGAGAGGAUAAACCCGGAACUGAACCAGAAGGGCUACAACGUGAAGUCCGAUGUGUGGAGUCUAGGAAUCACAAUGAUCGAGAUGGCCAUUCUCCGCUUCCCCUACGAAUCCUGGGGCACCCCCUUCCAGCAACUCAAGCAAGUAGUAGAGGAGCCUUCGCCCCAGCUCCCUGCGGAUCGCUUCUCAAAGGAGUUUGUGGACUUCACGGCACAGUGCUUAAGGAAGAACCCUGCCGAACGAAUGAACUAUUUAGAACUUAUGGAACAUCCUUUCUUUACCUUGCACAACACCAAAGAGACUGACAUGGUCUCCUUUGUGACAGAGAUCCUCGGGGAAGACUCCUAACUCACCAGCCUCGCUGCCACGUACGGUCACUUCAAACCAACGUCCUGGCUUCCCUGCACAAGAGAGAAUGAGGACUCAUGUUCACGGUGGUUUGCACAAAUUGCAUCUCCCCUGCCUGUGUUCGUCUCCAAGCCAGCCGAGCGUGGGGGCACUCUGGUUUUUAUCACCUGUGCGCUGAAAGUUACACAGGAAGGACCUUGGAAAUUGACACACAUAGUGAUCAGUGCCGUUACCGACUAACCCAUGGGACCGAGUGGGCUCAGGAGAUGAUCUGCUGGGGCCAGAUAUUCCUCCUCAGUUGUCAGGGGAACCAGACUCCUGGUAUCUGAGUUGAGGAAUCUAUGCCUGAGGAUGGGGCAGGGGGAGUGUGAAAGUGCCCUCCCCCAAUACCAUUCUGGUGCGGCAGUGAAGGGUCCAGAGAAUAUUUGCACUUGCUCUCUCCAUUGUGCAGCAGAGCCAAGAGAUUCUUCUUGCACUCUCCAGUCUCCUGUCCCUGCCUUUCUGAGGCCUGGAGAGGUGGGGAGGGGGUCUCUUCCUGAGCCACUGGGGGGGCCAGAGGGUGCAUGGGCUGCCUCCAUCAGAGUUCAGUCUUGUUCUGCCUUCCCUGCCUUGCCCUCCCUGCCCAGUACCCUGGCAGCAGGGAUCCCACAGAGCUCUGUUCAGAAAGGGGUCUGUGGAAAUCUGUGCACAGCUGCAGUUUGCUGCUGCUUGUGGAAGAGGUGGCGGGGGGUGUCUUGGCUCCAGGAUCUAAGAGCGUGGCUCUCCAAGGCUGCUCCGUGGCUGAGGUGCCCCUCCCUUCCCAGAGCUCUCUUGAGGCAAACUCACAAACAGGUCAGGUCACCCUAGACUGUUACAAUGACCCCCCUCACCCCUACUCAAAAGCCUGUUCAGACAAUCCCAGCUUGUUCUAAGCUCCUGCACCCACGCUACCUGGGUGUCUGGGUUCCUGCCUCGGAUCAGUGACCAGCUUCCCCACUCACACCAGCCAGUGCACCCCUGUCCAAACGGACACAGGCUCAUGGCAUUUGGGGAGAGUAUUCCACAUGCACCGCUCCCCUCCCCCAAUAAACCGGGCUGGGAUUGGCUAGGCAGUUAGGCGGCCAGCUCCCACUGGCAGUCAGUGAGUUAGGUGCCAAAAUCCCCCCCUCAGGGAUGUUUCAGAUGUUCAUAGAGGCUAUGACUUGUCCCCCUUCCCCUCUGCCCCCUGGGGCUGGGCCCUCCCACCUGGAGCUCAAGAACUGACCCAGCACUGUGACUCUUGUUGGUUUCUGAGGUUGCUUUAAUACCUACUCGGUCCUGUGUUAACCAAAAACAGACAGACAAACAAACCAAUGUAAAGCCAAUGAUGUGUAGAGGUGGUCUCGGUAAUUGUACAUUUGAUGUGUGUAUAUAUAAUGGACUUUGUAACUCAUUUCCUAGUUUUAAUCAAACUAGCUAUAAAUUAAACCCUUUCCUUGUGGGAGGAAGCGGGCUCCCCCUUCCUUAACAAAUCCACUGUGAAAACCGGAUGAUGGGUCCCCGCUCCGACAGCCAUAGAGGCCUUUGAACCGGCCGGGGAACGGAGGAGUUACCUGACUUCUGCUGUAUGUGAUCACAGAAUGCACAUGCCGUAUGUGGAUGACGUUUUUAAAAUGGAAUGAAUUUUCUGAUUUUUUUUUUUUCCUUUCCAAUACAUAUUUUGUGUGUGUUUGUAUGUGUGUAUAUAUAUAUUUUUAAAUCACUGAUGAACGUACAAAUGUAUAUGUGGUUGGUGAAUGCCAGCAACUUUCUGCUUACAUUUGGGGUGGCCGGGAUGGGUCACAACAAGGCCUAAGAAUUGUGGGGCGAUUUGGGUUUUGUUGGUAAAAAUGCAUCUUUUUGACGGAACCUCUUUAAAGACCCCUCUUGGAACUUUGUACGUGGGAGAUCUGGCUUUCAGGGUGUAGCUCUAUUGACUUGUGCUCUGCCCCUUUAUAAAUCAGGUGCCCUGAGUUCAUGGCUCUUGUAGUUUUGCUCCAUAGUCAAUCUAAGGGCUUCUCUAGAAGGGGAAAUUGAUCGGAGUCGUUCCCCUUGUGGAGACUCUAUGCUGGAAUGAGCCACUUUUUAUUUCCUAAUAAUUAGCGCACUUCCAGAGCAGAGCAAUUAUUCCAGGGUAAGUUGACUGUACUGGAAUAGUGUCCACAGCGGUGGUUUUAUUGCAGAACUGCUUAUUCUGCAAUACCUGUUCUGGUUAAUGUCACAUUUUAGACCAGCCCUUCCACAACCAGCGCCGUUUAUUGCCUGGAGAUGGCUAAACCCUGCUCCAUUCUGUGGUUCAAGUAAGAAAGUGAUUUAACGCUUUCAGCUGCUCCUUCCUCACCCACUCUGCAAACCACCUGGAACUCUAAUGAGACUUGUUGUAGAUGCAACUCUACAGGCUUGGGACGGCAGCUUUGCUGCUGAGCUGUACAAUUGUAUUUUUCCUUGUUGGAUAAUUGGGAUUGUUUUAUUUUGAUUUUGAGUUCUUUUCCCUCCUUUAUUCUGUCCUCCCCGGAUGUGUGGGGGAUUGGUUAUCUUUUAUUGUGUGGGUUUUGGAUGCCUUUCACCUGGCCUGAUAAAGCCCUUCCUCUGGUUGGAUUCCAACUCUCCUCCUGAUGGCAUGGUAAGGAUUUUCCUUCUGCCUUUGUAUGGGGGAAUCCCAUCUGGGGAGCAAAUCUCGCAACCUGUGACUGACAUAAUGCCUAAGUAUUGUUCUGCCUGCCUGCACUGGGAGUAAAUCUCGCUCUGGGUUAUUUCAGCUUUACUGUUCCAGUAUGUGCCCUUGUUUUCUUCCACUCCAAGGCCUUUAUUCUUUUAUCUCUGUUGCUUUCCCUCCGAGGAUUGGUGGAAGAACUCCAAGUAACUGCUUGGAACCCGGUGAGCUUGGCGAGAGAGAGAAUUGUUGCUGAGGGAGAAGGCCCUCUCACCUUGUGCUUACGAGAAUGGUCUGUAACCAUUAACUUGGUCAUUGUUUUCAAUAAAAUAAGCCC